UCCAUCCGCCCACUCGACUCCAGGGUACCUGCACGAUAUCACACUGCCUCCAUCCCAAAUCUCGCCUCCCGCUACUUGUUUAUCGUCCACCGCCUCGGUCGCUCCGAUUUCCCUUUUAUACAGCGCCACACAACGCCUCUCGCUUUUCUGCUCUCACUUAAAACCCCUUCUACUAUUCUAUCCCUGACCAUACUAACACUUGUAUGGUAUUUGUGCCUUGUGUGCUUGAUCAAUUGAUCACAGCUUUCACAUCAUGACCUCCUCCAUAUCAGAUAUUGAUCCAUAUGUGGUGUUGGGAGUCCAGAAAGAUGCGACCCUGGCUGACAUUAAAUCCGCCCAUCGCAAACUGGUGCUGAGGUGGCACCCCGACAAGGUCAAGGACGAAAGCCAACGAAGUCAGGCCCAAGAUGAGUUUCAGAAGGUCCAACAAGCCUACGAACUUCUGUCCGACGAGACAAGAAGAGCCAAAUAUGACAAUAAGGUCCGUCUUGCGGAGCUUCGACGAGAGAUGAUGGCGCGCGGCGGGAAUCCCAACGGUUCGUCCACGCGAAGCAAUGGUUCUGGUUCCAGCGGGCCCCGCGAAUACCGCAAUGGGCGGAUCUACGAAGAAAGAACUCCGGCAGAUGCGACCAACUUCUACGAGGAGGACGGCUUAGAUUCCGACGGAACACGGCCGACAGCUCGCAAGUACGAUGAAUACGGCAAGCGACGGACCAAGGUGGCGGAAGAGAAGAAGAAGGCGAAGAGUGUCCCCCUAAGUGCCGCCCGCGCCGCGAAGGAGAUGCUUCGGGACAACGUCAAGACGACCCACUCGUCUCGCGAUAAGUACCGUACCAAGGAACGCAAGCGGGAUGCCUACGACAAGAGGUAUCCUGAACGGGCCGCCCCGUACAGCGAGUCUGAAGAUGACGGCGCGGCUUCCGAUUCUAGCGCAUCAUCCUACUACGUACGAGUCAAGCGGCCCUCGGAGAAACGAAGCCGGGAGUCGUCUACACGCAAGGCUCGACCAACUGAAUCAACCCGUCGCCCGGAGCCUGCACGUUACGAAUCGGAGGAUUACUCAGAUCGCUUGGAGUCGAAGCAUGAGAAGAUGCACACUACCGCGCGCGAUUACAUCCUACGAUCCAAAGGAACCGUUCCUAUUGAAAUUGAUCGAAGGGCACAGGCAUCUCGGUCGCCUCCUCGUCCUCACGCUUAUGAUUCAGCCGAUCCCGAGUCCUCCUCCUCCCGGCGCUCGAAUCGAUCCAAUCGGCCAAGCAAGGAAACUGUGCGAAGCUCAAGUUCCCGCAACAACUCUUACGAGCAUAUUGAGUCCCAGUCUCGAUCCUAUGACGCCAAGGUCCCCAGCAUGCCCACAGCUGCAACAUCGCCAGCUGUCAAAGUAUCCUCGUCAAUCCGACCUUCCCUUCAAUCUUCACGAUCUGCAUCCACUGCGCAGUCCCAUUCCCGACCGAAGACCAGUCGUACGGAGCAGUUCCUUCUGCACAUGGUACACGACGGUAACUCCCGGACGACGAAGCUCCGAAAUACAGACAAACAUGAUUCCGGGUAUUCUAGUCCGGGGACACCGGACUUACCACCUGGGGAGAGCCCGAUGAAGACCAGAUACAAGAUCGUGACAGAGCCAGGUACAGUCCUGGUGGAGCCGAGCAUGCCGCCACCCCACGCGUCCUCAAGACAUGCAAGGGGGCACUCGCCGCCUCGACAAGAUCGUUCGGGGUCAAGCCGUCCUAUGCCAAAACCAGUCCGCAGCAGUACUUAUGCUUACCCAGCGGAGUAUUCGGGUCGCUAUGAGUCGUCAUCACGACCUAGUGCCUCGAGGCAGUCUUCUUCGCGACCCCUUUACGGUGAGGUGGAAUAUACCCGUAGCAAGGAUCGUGAUUACAAGUAUGCGCGCGAGAUUGGGCCCGAGCAUAUCCCCCAUACCGGUCGCGAUACCUAUUCCCGACGCAUGGACGAUUACCCGCAUCCACCGAUAGGCAGGCGUCAAUCUGCUUACGCUCAAUAAGUCAUUCUAGAGCCAGCAGCAUGUCGCCAGGAGACAGACUCAUCGCGAUGUUUCACCACGUUUCUUUUCUCUUCUUGCAUACCGACGCGACCAUUUCCACUCUCCAACAUACUACUAGCGAGGACUUGGUUCGAGACGCCUGCUUUGAUAUACCCGUAUCUCUUUCGAUUUAAUGGAGUAUCUCUUCGUUUGUCCGUCGAUGAAUCCCUCAAUCCAUGACUUUUUAACUCUUUCCGUUAUUCGACGACCUCUGACAUUCAACUAUUCUUCGCAUACAUCUUUAUUGUGCUUUACCUUUACUAUGAUUGCAACUACUUCGGCGCAUGGGAUGGGGGUUUGACUUGGUUUG